AUUGGUAAUGUUGGAUUUUAUACAAUAUUGUAAUUCCUUAUAUAUGUAACCAGGGGGCACUUAAUAUGAUGAGAUCUAAAAGAUCUAGAUCCAGACUGAAUUAAAUAAACACAAACAAAACAGAGUAGCCCCACCUAAUAACAUUAGUUUAUUCUUAAGAGCACAGUAGUACUUAAAACUAUUUCUUUUAUAACCGUGGUAUCGGGGCCAGCUUGCGCGUACCUCAAUUAAUUCUACGAGAUACCUACUACCUCACACCAGCAACAUGUACUAGGUAACUCUAUCCACCAAGACUUGGACAGAUUGGACGACAGAUGGUUUGGACAUGAGACCCUCAGAGUUCUAAACUCACUUCAUUGACCACUAGGCUACACCCUUGAGUUCUAGGGUACUAUUUAAACCUUGUCACUUCCAAUCGGAUUUAAGGGACAAAUUAAUAACCAAUCUAUGAACAAAUAGACUUGAGUCUCUGCACUCUGCAGGCUGCAGCUCUUUCUUCCCAUAAAUCAAAACCCUGAAGAUGACUUCCUACCCAGCUCCCAUAAAACCGACCCACACUCGCAUAGGAUGGAUAGGCACAGGAAUAAUGGGUGGUGCCAUAGCAUCUCGCCUUCUCUCCGCUGGCUAUUCUGUCACAGUCUACGCCCGCAAUCCUUCUAAAGUUGUUUGUCUCAAAUCCCAAGGUGCACAUCUUGCUGAUUCCCCAGCUGAUGUUGCACGUAAUACUGAUGUCAUUUUCACUAUGUUGGGUCACCCAUCAGAUGUUCGACAAAUUGUCUUAGAGGGCUUGCUCUCUUCUGUCAACCCCAAUAGCGUCAUUAUAGAUCACACCAGCAGCCACCCAGUUCUUGCCAAGCAAAUCUUUGAAGCUGCUCGUGAGAAGAAUUGCUGGACUGUUGAUGCUCCGGUGUCUGGAGCAGACAUUGGGGCGAGAGAAGGGAAACUGGCAAUUUUUGCCGGUGGAAAUGAGGAUGUGGUGAAGUGGUUAAAGCCUUUGUUUGAUGUGUUGGGAAAGGCGACUUUUGUGGGUGGGCCAGGAAAGGGGCAAAGCUGUAAAAUUGCGAAUCAGAUUGUCGCAGGGGGGAGCUUGCUGGGGUUGAGUGAAGGAUUGGUGUUUGUGGAGAAGGCAGGGUUGGAUAAUAGGAAGUUUGUGGAGGCAGUGAAGGGAGUGAAGGGAGGAGCAGCUGGGUCUAUGAUUAUGGAGUUGUUUGGAGAAAGAAUGAUUGAGAGAGAUUUUAGGCCCGGUGGGUUCACCGAGUAUAUAGUCAAGGACUUGGGAAUGGGUUUCGAUGUUGGAGCGGAGGAGGGUGAUAAUAUUGUGCCGUUGCCUGGUGCUGCAUUGUCCAAGCAGCUUUUUUCUGCUAUGGUAGCUAAUGGAGAUGGGAAGCUUGGUAUUCAAGGGCUUAUUACUGUUAUAGAGAGGAUCAGGCAAGUGAGAUCUUGAAAUUUUCUUGUGCCAAUGGUCUUAUUGACUUGGGCAUUUUUAACUGCAAUCAGUUGCAGAAGUGGCAGCUAUAUCAGUGAGUUUAGCUUUGGCUAUUUGAAUCUGUCCCUCAUUGAAGAUAUAAAAUUGAAGAAUACCUCGUGCAUAGCGGGAGCUUAGUGCACCGGGCUGUCCUUUUCUUUAUCACUAUUUGUUUGACAAAACUGUGCUGGUAUUGACCUUAACCUUACAACCUUUUGUUGUACUCACCAGAAUUGGGCCACUAUUUAUUUACAAUUGAUAGCUUGAGGCUGAUAACCUUCCAUUUUAA